AUGAACCCCAACAAUAUUGCAUUAUCCAACGCCGAUUUUAUCCGUCUUUACGAAACUGCCAUCAAACGUAUGGAAGCAAAGUGGGAGACUAAGUUUGCUCAGUUAACUGCAGAUAUGAAUCGUGGAUUUCGUAAUGUUCCUGUAGCCGUGAGCAAUCACAUGUACCUGAAAUCUGGAGAACAUUGUAAGUGCUGCAGUCAACUCAAAAAGCUUCAAAGAUCCAACAGCAAGGCCUCCAUCCAAAAGCCACUCGCAGUAGAGUCAGCAGAGCAUCUGCAAGAUCAACUCCGUCGAGCAAUUGCGCACUACAAGGAUAAUGGUCUGGUCGAAAAAAUUGAUGCCAUGAUGAUAAUUUUUGGAUCUAGAUCAAUUGAAACGCGUAAGGAGAACAAGAUCGAAGACUUUGAGAUCGUGACCGAGGCGUAUCUCAAGUCAAUUUCGUCUGAGGAUUGCAGCGAUGAGGAUAUCACGGCCAGAGCAACAGAAUCAUACAACCACGUCCAUUCCCUGUGUAAGCAUUUUGUCGUAGCAUAUCUCGGUGACAAAUUGCUGACACAUUUUACAUGGAGCUCACUUGAUGCCAAGGUCCGUAAGGAGAUGACCGCCUUGUUUGAGUGCAUCGUUCUGUUCUGGAACAAGCGUGUGGGUAUAAGUGGAUUCCCAACAACUUUCGCCGCUGAGAUGAUCUCGGAUGCAGAAGCUCACACCCCGGUGAUGCCACUGUACCGUGCUGACAAGAACUGGAUGGCACGUCGUAUGCUGAUUUCAGCCAUUCAAACUGCUGUCCCAGAUAAACCAGUACGACGUCCAGUUUCCUCAGGCGUGUCCAACAACUUUGACAGCUUGGGGUUAUCCGAAGAGCCUCUGGGUAACACGUCCACAUUCAAUGUCAGCAUGAGUACGUUGAGUUCUUUUGGGCGGGUCAGAAUGCCAGACGACGAUGCUCCGUCAGUCUCUUCUGGCAGAGACAUUCUCAACUGUUUGUCUGACGAUGUGUUUGACGAUGUGCUUGACGAGGUGUCCGAGGAGAUGCCCGAGGAGGUGCCUGAGGAGGUGUCUGAGGAGGUGUCUGGUGCGAAGAGACAGCUUGCCAAUUCAAAUGCAGAAGGUGAAAGAAGAAAAAGUCAACGGUCUCGUAAUGCCUAG